AUGCCUCCAGAUAUAGCACUACCGAUUCAACGUGCGAAAUUUGUACCUCCGCCUCUACAGCAGCCAGCAGCACCGGAGCUGCCAGCAUCGACGUCGACCGACAGCUCAAGUCGGUCGCCAUUCACCUCCCAGGCCUCGGAGUUGUCAAGAGCGACAACCAUUGACUGUGAGACGUCCUUAGCUUCUGACCCACGGCUCCAGGAGCUGGCUUUGAUGAGAUGGUGGUGCGUGAAAGGCUAUGCAGCUCUGGUCCGGAAGGGCACUCUUGAUCGGGAGAUCUGGAUAGGUCCGGUGAUUGACAUGGCUUUGGAGUAUCCUUGGCUUAUGGACCUUAUUUUCGCCUUGUCUGCGACUCACAUCGCUGCGGAGUCAAGCAAGUCCUCAGAACGCUCAGCGUACACCAGUCUGGCCCUUGAGUAUCAAAGCCGUGCGAUUGCUGCGGCUCGCCCUUCUCUUGAGGAUGUCAGUGCCACAAACUGCCAUGCGCUCUUUGCAUUUACCGUGCUCAACAUCCCGACAAGUAUCGUCCUGGCUCAACUCCCGGUUGGCGCCAACGACCUGGGCAGGAGUCCAGUAGAAAGCAUCGUAAUUUCCGGUCAGUGGAUAACAUCUCUGAUUAGUCUCAUGAACGGUGCGGAAAAAUGGCUGCGUGGCGGUCCUUUCCAGCUGGCUUUCGACAAAUGCGACGAUCCAAACAUGUACGACGAAUCCUUUCGACCAGCCAUGCAACGGUUACUAUCACUCUUGACACGGUCCAAAUAUGCCGGCCGAGGCUACACAAAGCAAUUCGAUCUGUUCAGCCGUGGUGUGGAGUUGCUGGAGUCUUACUUCUGCAGAGAGAAGAGCAUGGCCAUCGGUUGGCCGGCCGAGCUAGGGCCCGAGUUCUUCGAGCAGGUCCAUGCGAAGGAUUCGUUCGCAUUAUUGCUGACCAUGCACUGGGGAGUGCUACUGCAUUCCUUGGAGAUGUGGUGGGGUUCAUUCACGGGAAAGCGACUGGUUGACCAGAUUGGCAGAGAUUUCGGUGAAUGUGAGAACGAGCAGACUCGCGAAGCCAUACAUUGGGCUCGAGUACAAGUUGGUCUAGAUAUCAAGAUGACGUGGAGUCAGUGA